AUGGCAUCGAUCUGUGGACGCAUGGCGCUGCGUGCUGCCGCUCAACACAAUGUUAAAUACACGCCCGUGCGUUUUUGCAAAAUGAUGAACGACCCCUUGGAGCACGCCACUGGUAUUGAGAAGCGUGAAUUGCUCCUUAAGGCAGCUGGUAAUGAUAAUCCUUUCGACAUGAAGGUAUUCAAGCGCGGUGCCGGCACCAAGGAGAACCCCAACUUGAUUCCAUCGGCCUUUGAUGCUCGCAUUGUUGGCUGCAUCUGCGAAGAGGACCAGACCUACGUGCAAUGGAUGUGGCUGCAGAAGGGUAACCAGAAGCGUUGUGAAUGCGGACACUGGUUCAAACUGGUGGAGAAGGCAGCUGUUUAAAGUUAUUAUUAAUUAAUUAAAAUAAACCAAUUAAUAACAAAACACACAACAACAACAACUACUAAGCUAAAAGUCAACCAACUUAGAGCUGUCCAAAUAAAUACAUCAAACCCAACAAAAAAAAAUAUCUCGGGCAGUUAGCUUCCAUUUUUCAGUUCUUCUGUACAAAUCAUAUAUAUAUUUAAUCGGAGCAUGAUACCGAUGCUUAAUGAAUUGAUAUACAUUUUAGUAGUUCAAUAAAGUGAUUUGAAGCGA